CAGGCCUUAGCGCGACGCCACCUUGCCAAGAAGCGGGUCGCCAAGCUGCGGGAAGCACGGCUCCGUGCCGAGCACACUGCUGCAACCACGAUACGAAAGAUGUGGCUGGGCCACAUCUACCGCCGCCGGUAUUUGGCGCUGCGCAAGGAAUUCCUGGAGCACGUGAGCUCUGUGGUCGCUCUGCAGCGCUUCGCCCGUGGAUACCUGGUGAGGCUUAGGAUGUGGCGUGAUGCCAUCCGCGCCGAAGAGCAACUUUGGGCAGCGGUCGAGGUGCAGCGAUGUUGGCGCGGCUACUUGGGCAGACUCAGGUGGGAAACCGAGUAUGAGCGACUCUGGGCACGCGAAACAGCUGCCUUAAUCAUUCAGAGGAACCUCCGUGGCUAUUUGGCGCGCACGGCUGUGACCGGCAGACGCCGGAGACGCGCGCGCUCAGAGUUCGAAAAGGCCAGGAGGCGCUUUAAGGCGGCACAGAAGAUUCAAGCGCUGACCCGCGGAGUGCUCUGCCGCAAGCGGGUGCUGGCCUUCUGGAGGCACAAGGUGGAGGCAGCCACAACGAUCCAGCGCAUUUGGCGGGGUCAUCGUCUUCGCUGCCGAAAGUACCAAUCUGACCGCACGAGUAUGUGCGUGAAGAUCCAGGCAGUGGUACGGAUGUUCCUGGUGCGGAGCCGCAGGCUCCAAGUCUUGGCCAAGGUCAUCAUGAUCCAGCGGCGGUGGAGGAAGUGGCUACGCUUCACUCCUGAGGCGGAGAGGCAGCGGCGCCGCGCCAGAUCUCAAAAGCACCGAGAGGCUGCUCGCACCAUCCAGCGCGGGUACCUUGACGCCAAGAACUACGCCGCCGGCCGCGAAGAGAAGUUGGAAUGAAGGCGGAUGACUUGAGGCGACGACUUUGCUGAGAUCGACUUGACUUUCAUGAUACUUGCAGGGGCAGGGU